AUGUCGUCUCCUAAGGUUCCCGAUUCGGAGCUCAUACCGUUCCACGAGGCGGCAAACGUCAAGCGGAUCGGCAGUCAUGAAUACACAGGAGAUAUUCACGCGGAGUAUUCGUAUGGGGCUGUGGCUCAUGGUGGCUAUCUCAUAUCUUUGAUGUGGCUGGCCAUUGAACUCCACUUCAAGACCACCCACGCCAGCAUCGCACAGCCCGACAUCAAUGCCUUCCAUAUCGAGUUCCUACGACCCGUAUCUGUCGGCCCAGUCAUGAUGUCAAUCAAAGAUGUCCGGCUAGGCAAGACCUCGUCAACAGUCCACGCCAGUCUCUCACAAGCAGGCAAGGAGCGCUGCGUCGUGUACUCCACCAACUCCGGCCCAGCAGCGACGAGAAACACCAUCUCGAUGCCAAUGGAUCAUCGUCCGCAACCUCUGCCGCCGCCCAUCAACUUCGACAACGUGCUGACCGGCUCUGACCCCAGCUGGAUUCGAUACGACCACCCCCAAGAUCUAGCGCUCCCCAAUGCCACCCUCCGAAGACUCAUCUAUGCCGUCCAAAGACAUCCGCCUCCUAAUCGGAACAUUGUCCAUCAAUGGAUAACACCCCGUCGCAGCUCCGAAAAAUGGACGAACGCUUCGCUUGGGAUCUUGGUCGACAGCAGCGUUCCACCAAUGGAGAAUUUCUACGACGACGCUCCGCAUAAUUACUUCAACGGCGCGAAGCGAGCAAUGCAAUUCGAAGCCGAGAACAGGAGUCUCUACGACCACCCUCCGUGGCUGGUUCCGAGGAUGUAUCCGACCGUGAACAUGAGUGUGCAGAUCAAACGCCAGUUGCCGGAGGAGGGCGAGAAGUGGUUGAGUCUGAGGUGGCACACGAAGGAAUGUUUGCAUGGACGAUUUGAUGUCGACAUUGAAGUUUGGGACGUGAAGGUACUGUCUCUGCUGGAAUCCACAUAA